AUGGCAAGCGCAUCGGGGUACAACUACCAUCGCUUCGCGCGCGCUGUCCUCAAGAAAGCUCGCAAGUGGGAGCCUUCUCUCAGCAUCCAGCUCUACCCGACCUACUGGCGCUUCGAGCAUUCAGAAAUCAACUUCCUCUACGAUGGUCCGAUGAAGCCCUUCCUCAUGGCCUUGCGUGCGCAGGUCAUCCCCGCAGCACUAAUCCCCUUCCUGUAUGACAUUCGCCCGCCCGUGUCCUUCGUCGACGGAUGUCUAGUCGUAGAAAUACAGGAUUUCCGAAAAGGUCCAGAAACGCGGAGUCGAGUGGUCAUGCGACCAGCACCAGAGACAUUGCCGCUCACGAUCGAUAACAUGCUCUCGCGACGGCAAGAGCGGUGGGACGACAACAUGACGCUAGAACUAGAGUCUCGCAUCAUGGCCGCCACAUCACCUCCCCUCUAUCUGGGCACAUCGAUCAUGGCUUCGCGAAACGCGGCUCUGUCACUGGCGCUGACGGCUCCGGCAGCCCCAAACGUUGGUGCCGAUGGCCAGUUCCGCUCCAACGCGCACAAGGGCGAGGAGGAAGACAACGAGCUCGAGUCGAUCCGGAAGCUGCUCGGCGCCGGAACACGGAGCCAAGCAGGCGCCUUCCAGCCCAACUGGUCUGUCUUACGGCUUCUGGAGCGGAUCAAGGCGCACAACAAGCAGAAGGAGUCGGAGGCCGCGGCGCGGGCAGCCGGGCAAGCGAAGCAGCUGCCCACGGGAGGACCAGGCGGUGGUCCUCCGCCGCCAACGAACGAGGAGAAGAAGAAGUCGAAGAAGAAGCGCCCAGCAGCCGAGGCGGCGGACGACGGGGAGAAGAAGCCAGCAAAGAAGAAGAAGGCUGCUCCCAAGGUUGCGCCUGCUGCCGAGAAGGAGAAGGACAAGAAAGACGACAAGAAAGACGAUCCGCCAAAAAAGGAGCCGGCGAAGAAGGGAGCCAAGAAGGAGGGAGCGGCGACGAAGAAAAAGGCGCCAGCCAAGAAGAAGGCAGCGGCUGCCGACGCCGACAAGUAG